CAAGCCAUAGGAGCACGUUCAGUUUCCUUUAGUUUCGUGCGCGGUCGCUAGAAAACUUUGUCACGUCAUUGGUAAACAGUUGCGAUGAUUACACCCCACGAGCUCAUACGCGGGCGCGUUACGCAAUGGAGAUAGAAGGCCGUAUAUUUUUUAGGCUCUAACAUUGACGGCAUUACCACAGCAUCAUCGUGACAUGCGUUUAAGGGCGGGGAUAUGUGCCAGCGCAGGCUAUGCCGAGAAAGAAGAGGCCGCGCACUGAACAAGAAGAGCUCGAACACAAGCGUAGACGUGCAGAGGCGGCGAGACGACGGCGACAGAACAAGAGCGAAGAACAGCGAGCGGCCGAGCGGGAACAACACGCGGCCGCUGCCCGAGAGCGUCGGAGAAAUCGAAGCGAAGAAGAGAAGGUGGUCGAGAGAGAGCGCCACGCCGCGGCAGCUCGCGAACGGCGACAGAGACAAAGCGAAGAAGAACGUGCAGCUGAGCGAGCACGGCACGCGGCAGCCGCUCGAGAACGCUGGCAAAAUCAGAGCGAGGAGCAGAGAGCGGCAGAGCGGGAACGGCAUGCGACAUCGAAGCGACGGCGCCGAGCGGCGAAGAGAGCGCGUGCUGCCGCUGCCCGGAGGGAGCGACGGAAACAGGCCAAAAGAAAGCAACCUGCCUCCAGCAACCAACAUGGCUCCAUGGCUUUUGUAUCGGCUAAGGCUGUGCAUUCGCGAACGGCAACACAGUUCAUUGACAGAGCAGAUAUUGCAGUCGGGCCCUCGGGGAUCAACAGGUCAACCCAGACGCUACCUGUUGCUACCUUUGUUACCAGGGUGAACAGCUGGACAGAUACCGAAGAUCUUGUCAACUUCCAAGACACUGGCUCUGAGCCACACGAAAAAGCAGACUGAAAAGGAGCACCCUACCUCUGGCAGCAGAUGCAGUCUUACUCCACUGCUGCCGAAGUAACACAAGCAGAGUCUGCAAGGCAGUGCAGAUGGACAGGGCUCAUGUGACAAAUGCACGGGGUACUUUUAUGAGGCAACUUUGAAGUUAACUCUGGAACAGUUGAACCUUCAAAAACCUCCUGCUGUAUGCAGUUUAAGGACCUGAUGUCUGCAAUGGUGCUACAUCAUAAAACAGCAGCGUUGACAAGAAAGGUGCAUCAUCAUGUUUCUUCAGCACAUAGAUGUUCUCUUUAGAGCUCUUUUAAUACUCACCUUGUGAAAUGUCAUAUCGACCUAACAAAUGUGAGAGCUCUAAUUUGGUGUGUGCGAGCACCUUGUGGCGUUUUAUUUUUGUGCUUGUGCUAGCAAUAUUUUGCAAUCUUAAACUGCAAUCGCACGUCUCAUAUUCAAUAGGUUGAGUGCUCUGUGUACAUGGUGAAAAGCUACAUUCUCUGACCUUCACUCGUGCCUUUUUGUUUUCAUCAUCUGCUGGCCAUGCACUCGAGAACAAUUUAGCUCUGACCCAACUGUGGUUUUCCGAUUCAAGUGCAAGGUAAAUGCAAUAUUGGACUUGGAAAGUGACACUAAAAAGAAAAAUAAUUUUAGCUGUAUUAUUAGAUCACCCCUUCACAAUACCAAGAACGACAGUCGUAUCGUGAAAAGACGGUUAUUAAGCCAGAAACAUGCAGGGACGAAAGAUGGGUUGUGAAGCCACAUUGAAGUUCCCUCACGAGCGUGUGCCAUGAGGUCAUGCAUUUUGAUGGAGUCUGCAUGGGCCUAGUUCAUUUUUUAUCGUAAAAGAUGUGCUACACUGUAUUCCUAAAGAGCCAAAGACUGAACUUGGCAAGCUUCAUGAACUUUUACUGAUUCACAACGGCCAGCAUGAAAAGAUACCUUCGAAUCUACUACAUCAGACAGGUACCGGCCCUGAAGUUAUGGUGCAAAAUUCGAGAAAUGUAACCUUGAUUUGUUUGUGCAAUAAUCAACCUCCUACCGUUAAAUAAUAAAAAAAAAUUCUACAGGAAUUAUUUAUCAGUUCUUA